AUGGGCCGGUUUAAUAGCUGGACAGGCGGGCAGGGUGAGCCGCGUCGGCGUCGGCAGCGAAGCGACGCCCAGUCGAGGAAUACAGUCGAUGAUGAAGCGCCAAAGUCAUUCGCGGCAAGGGAAAAAAAAAGUUGGGACGACGAAGGGCCGGCGGCGAGCGGGAUUAAUCAGGAGAAGGAGGAGGAGGCGUGUCGGGUGGCAGUACGAGGGAGGACUGCGGUUGGGGAAGGACGGGCGCCGAGAGAUGGGGCGCACAGGCUUGGUCGAUUCCGCCCGCACCCUCACAACCCGUUGGCGUUGGAACAGGCGAGGGGGAGGUGUGCGUGUGGCUUGGUGGGAAGACGGCGGCGGAAGAGGGAGUGGAGGAGGGNGGGAGGGAUUGCGGUGGCGUGGGCAGCAACAGGCGGAAGAAGCAGCGGAGAAGAAGAGUCGUUUGGCGGCGGGCGCACUGUGCCUGGGAUAGCGUGA